UUAAAGUUUCGUGCUUCGACCAUACGGAAGUGACCGACUGUCCAGAACGCUGCUGUCAAGAUGGCACCGAGUGGGCUGAAAGCUGUAGUCGGAGAAAAAAUCAUCAGUGGUGUAAUCAAGAGUGUGAAAAAGGAUGGCGAGUGGAAGGUUCUCAUUGUGGAUCACAUGACCACACGAAUUCUGUCCUCAUGCUGCAAGAUGUCUGAGAUUUUGGCAGAAGGGGUGACCAUUGUGGAGGACAUCAAUAAACGCAGAGAGCCCAUCUCCAGUUUGGAAGCCAUUUAUUUAAUUACUCCAUCUGAAAAGUCAGUUCGUGGUCUCAUUGGUGACUUCAAAGAUGCAGCCUUUACAUACAAAGCAGCACACAUCUUCUUCACUGACACUUGUCCAGAUGCUCUCUUUGCUGAGAUUGGGAGAUCCAGAGUUUCCAAAUUUGUCAAGACUUUAAAAGAGAUCAAUGUUGCUUUUCUGCCAUAUGAGUCUCAGGUUUUCUCGCUGGAUGACCCAACCUCCUUGUACUCCUUCUACAGUUCUCAGGCAAAUGAAGCAAAAGAUAAAAUGCUGGAAAAUGUGGCAGAGCAGAUUGCGACACUGUGUGACACUCUCAAGGAGUACCCUGCAGUUCGUUACCGCAAGGGACCUGAGGAGAAUGCCAGACUGGCUGAAGAGGUCUACCAGCGCCUCAUUGCUCACAAAGCUGAAAACCCAAGCAUGGGAGAGGGUCCAGAUAAGGCGCGAUCACAGCUAAUAAUUGUUGAUCGUGGAUUUGAUCCCAUCUCACCUGUACUUCAUGAGUUGACCUUCCAAGCAAUGGCUUACGAUUUGCUUGACAUCAAACAGGACAUCUAUAGUUAUCAGACAACUGGCAUUGGGAACGCAAAAGAGAAAGACGUGUUACUUGAUGAAGAUGAUGAACUCUGGGUUCAGCUCAGACACAUGCACAUUGCAGAUGUCACUAAGAAGGUGACAGAGCUUCUUCGCACAUUUUGUGAGAGCAAGAGGAUGUGCACUGACAAUGCCAAUAUAAAAGAUCUGUCUCAGAUAUUAAAGAAGAUGCCGCAGUAUCAGAAGGAGCUGAGCAUGUACUCCACUCACUUGCACCUAGCUGAGGCUUGUAUGAAGAAAUUCAAGACCUCGCUUGACAAACUUUGUGAAGUGGAGCAGGACCUUGCAAUGGGAGCAAAUGCAGAUGGGGAACCUCUAAAAGAUGCCAUGAAGAGCAUUGUUCCUGUGCUUCUAGACAAUGACGUUGGUGCCUAUGACAAAAUCCGCAUCAUACUGCUGUUCAUAUUCCACAAGAAGAAAGGAAUCGGGGAGGAGAACCUUGCCAAACUCAUCCAGCAUGCAAACAUACAAACCGACAAAAGCAUUAUUUACAACCUGCAGAACCUGGGCUGUAAUAUUAUAGCUGGGGGUCGCAAUGCUGGGAAAACACUGCCAGAUCGUAAGGAGCGCACAGAAAGCACGUACCAGCUUUCUAGGUGGACACCCGUCAUCAAGGACAUCAUGGAGAAUGCCAUAGAGGACAAACUGGACAAAAAGCAGUGGCCAUUCAUUGCUGAACCUGCACCCAUCAACACAACUCAGACUGCAGUCAGCAGUGCACGUUUUGGACACUGGCACAAAAAUAAAUCUCCAACUGAGUAUCGCUCUGGCCCUCGGCUGAUUGUUUUUGUGAUUGGUGGCGUGUCAUACUCUGAGAUGCGUUGUGCUUAUGAAGUCACUCGAGCCACUGAUGGGAAGUGGGAAGUGCUGAUUGGAUCAUCUAACAUCCUGACUCCAACCAGUUUCCUCAAUGACUUGAAGACUUUGGACCAAGUUCCAAAUCCUGAUCCGUAACUCCCAAGUCAGGAAUAAAAUACUGGAGUAGGAGUCUGGAAAUGAUAUGUUGCUGGUAUACUGUUUAGGUUCUGACAUCACCAAGGAUGUUAGAUGUAGCCAUGUAAGGGAGCAGUUGUGAUUAUUCUAUUAUAGAGUGCGCUUUGCUUUGUAGUUAGGUGGGCUCUGUGUACUGUUGUGAUUGAAAUUGUAUUUAAAUAGUAAAUUAAACAAUAUUUUGAUUAUUGUACUAUUCAUAUUUAAACUCUUAAUUUUGUUCUAAUUGCCUAGUUAUGUAGUCAUAAAUUACACAAUUGCUACAGAAAUAGAACACCUCAUAUCAGAUUUCUUAAUUCAAGUAUAUUUUAGCUGCACACAGUGGAAGCACAUAUUGUAUAUAGAUUUACAUUAAGUAGGUAAAAUAUAUUCUCCCUCUAGGCAACCCCUCUCCCUUGUUUAAAAUUUUAAACGUCUCAGAAAUAAUGUCUCAACUGCUGUGUUAUCUGGCACAUUUACUAGAUAAUUUAACAUAUUGCUGGGAGUUAGAGUGGUGGGUGCUUGUUUAUUUGUUGUUUGAAAAUGAGCAAUAAAGGCAAAAUUCAGUUGAA